AGCCAUGGCCACUUUCCGCAUGGCCCUCAUCCAGCUUCAAAUUUCUUCCGUCAAAUCAGAUAACGUCACUCGAGCUUGUAGCUUUAUCCGGGAGGCAGCAACGCAAGGAGCCAAAAUAGUUUCUUUGCCGGAAUGCUUUAAUUCUCCAUAUGGAACGAAAUAUUUUCCUGAAUAUGCAGAGAAAAUUCCUGGUGAAUCCACACAGAAGCUUUCUGAAGUAGCAAAGGAAUGCAGCAUAUAUCUCAUUGGAGGCUCUAUCCCUGAAGAGGAUGCUGGGAAAUUAUAUAACACCUGUGCUGUGUUUGGGCCUGAUGGAACUUUACUAGCAAAGUACAGAAAGAUCCAUCUGUUUGACAUUGAUGUUCCUGGAAAAAUUACAUUUCAAGAAUCUGAAACGUUGAGUGCGGGUGAUAGUUUCUCCACAUUUGAUACUCCUUACUGCAGAGUGGGUCUGGGCAUCUGCUACGACAUGCGGUUUGCAGAGCUUGCACAAAUCUACGCACAGAGAGGCUGCCAGCUGUUGGUAUAUCCAGGAGCUUUUAAUCUGACCACUGGACCAGCCCACUGGGAGUUGCUUCAGCGAAGCCGGGCUGUUGAUAAUCAGGUGUAUGUGGCCACAGCCUCUCCCGCCCGGGAUGACAAAGCCUCCUACGUUGCCUGGGGACACAGCACCGUGGUGAACCCUUGGGGGGAGGUCCUAGCCAAAGCUGGCACAGAAGAAGCAAUCGUGUAUUCAGACAUAGACCUGAAGAAGCUGGCUGAAAUACGCCAGCAAAUCCCCGUUUUUAGACAGAAGCGAUCAGACCUCUAUGCUGUGGAGAUGAAAAAGCCCUAAAGUUUAUGUUUCUAAUGUGUCACAGAACAGGAAGAUAUGACCCUACAACAUAAUCAACUCCCUAUUAAAUUCUUUCAUGA